AUAGUCAGGCAAGCGAAAUUUGGAUGGAAAGCUGACAGCAAUGUCAUCAAUUCGUGCAACUUUGAGAUCCAGGACGGUCCCUUGACAGUCAUAAUGGGUCCUGUCGGUUGCGGCAAGAGCACAUUGCUAUAUGGUCUACUCAACGCCGUUCGUUAUAAUAGUGGUCAAGUUUGGUUAAAGCACCGUAAUGUAUCACUUUGCGAACAGACGCCAUGGCUAGUCAGUAGAUCUAUUCGUCACAACAUCACUUGUGGCACAGCCUUGGACCAGCAUUGGUAUGACGAAAUUCUCGACGCAUGUGCUUUGGUGCAGGAUCUUGAGCAUCUCUCGGGCAGAGACAUGCACGAGGUUGGCAAUGAGGGUAGCAGUCUCAGUGGAGGACAGAGACAGCGUAUAGAAUGUGCCCCCCAACUGACUAGU